AUGCUCAAGUCGUGGCUGACACCGCUGGUAGUCGCCGCACUUGGGCUCGCGAUGAGCCAGCAACUUGCAGAUGCUGACGAAUGGGACGCCCGAGUCGAUGCCAUCAUGGCGAGCUUCGACACCGACGACCUCAUCGGUCAGAUGUCCCAGAUCGCCAUCUACGGCCUCGUGGACUCGGAAGCCAACCUUCGUCGAGGACAAGAAUAUCGCGAUGCCGUCGGCACCAUCCAGAACAUCACCAUGGAGGAGAACGGAGGCCACCCGAUGAUCUUCGGGCUAGACUCGGUCCAUGGUGCAGCGUUGGUGAGCGGCGCGGUCAAGUUCGGCCAGGAGAUCAACGGCGCCGCCUCCUUCAACCCAGACCUCGUGUACGCGAUGGGCCAGUUCACGGCUCGCAACACGCUCGCGGCGGGCAUUCCUUGGUCCUUCGUGCCGAUCCUCGACAAGUCGAGCAACCCGCUGUGGGCGCGCACGUACGAGACGUUCGGAGAAGACCCGUACACGAUCUCGGUCAUGGCGGACGCGGUUGUGCGGGGUAUGCAGAGCGUCAACGGCAGUGCUGCGUGCCUGAAGCACUUCAUCGCCUAUUCCGACACGCCGACGGGCCAUGACAAGGACACGCUGACGGACUUCGAUCUGAUCAAUUACUUCGCGCCGCAGUUCAAAGCCGGAUUCGACGCGGGCGCGCUCACGACCAUGGAGAACUACAUCUCCGUGAACGGCGUGCCGACAAUCGCCAACCCGAAGCUGAUGACCGACCUGCUUCGAAACGAUUUCGCGUUUGAUGGGGUCUCUGUGUCCGACUACGCCGAGAUCAACCAGCUGACGGACUUCCAUCGCACCGCUCGCUCGGAGGAUGAGGCCACGAGGCAAUCGCUGGAGCGCACGACACUCGACAUGAGCAUGAUCGCUAGCGACGACAGCUUCAUCAAUGGCACGAAGCUGCUCACCGAGCGCAACCCCGACAUCCUCAGUCGCAUCCAGGAGUCCGCGCGACGCGUUGUGAAGCUCAAAGUGAAGCUGGGGCUGUACGACAACGCAAUGCCCGGUGAGGAGUAUAUCGACCUCGUCGGCGACGACGACGAAAUUGCAGCCGCGCUCGAAAUGGCUCGCGAGUCCAUUGUGCUGCUCCAGAACAACGGAAGCACCUUGCCUCUGCCGACAAACGCGUCCAUCUUCUUGACCGGCCACACGGCUGAUCGCAUCGCUUACCAGUGCGGUGGGUGGUCGGUCACCGGCAAGCAGACUACGAGCACGUACGACGUCUCUGACGACGCUUUCCCCCACGGCAUUUCCGUCAAGGACGGCCUCGAGGCGAUUGCUGGCAACGACACUAUCACCUACUUCAACGGACUGCACUGGAACGGGUCGUACUCGGACGCAGACCUCGCUGAGGCCAAGGAGCUUGCGGCCAAGGCGGAGUACACGAUCGCAGUCAUCGGCGAGGAGCCGUACCACGAAAAGACUGGCGAUCUCGAUGAUCUGGCGUUGCCGGCCGGUCAGAUCGAGUACGUGAAGGAGAUUGCGUCGACUGGUACCAAGGUCAUCCUCGUGCUCUUCGAGGGUCGUCCGCGUUUACUCCAGGGGCUGCCCGAGACGGCUAUGGCCGAGAUCAUCUACGGCGAGGUGAACCCGAGCGGCCGUCUACCUAUCACAUACCCCAAGGACGAAGCCAACGUCGCCAUCCCGUACAACCACCGCGUGACCACGCAGUGCGGUGACUACGAGGCGUGCGAUAUGCAGUGGGAAUACGGCCACGGCCUCAGCUACACCACGUUCGAGUACUCCGACUUGACCCUCAGCACGACCAACGUGACGUCCAGCUCGGAUUCGAUCAACGUGUCGGUCACGGUCACCAACGCCGGCUCGAUGGCCGGCAAGGAGACCGUCAUGCUGUUCCUGACGCAACCUUACCGCUCGUUCAACGUUCCCGAUGUCAAGAUGCUCAAGAAGUUCACCAAGAUCGCUCUGGACGCCGGCGCAUCGCAGACGGUGAGUUUCACGUUGACAGCAGAGGACUGGGGCGUCUACUACCCGCAGAUCGGCCAGGGGUUCAAGAAGGUGGCCGAAGACGCCGACUACGUGAUUGCCAUCAAGCCCGAGACGAACUGUGACGUGCACAACACCACGGCAGCGGCGAACCCUCUGUGCGCGACGUUCACGUUGGCCACAGGUGAAUACCCUUUCAACACACUAGCACCGCUAGUCUAA